UAUGCAAGCAUGACCGCGUCGCUUACCUCAGCUCCCGCUGGAAACGCCAUGCAGCGCAUCAUAUUCUGUCAUCACCAGCACACAGGUAUUCCCACAACUUCUUUCAGAAAGUGAAGGAGUUAAUUUUGGAAACUGAACUUUUGAGCGACUGUUCAUGAAACCUCAAGGUUGAUAGCAUUCAUGGCUUUCCUUUCAUGAAAGAACGUUGUCUUUGGCAGUCGAGAGAAACAUGCGGGGUAGGUAUUCGUCUUUCUCCCCCACGGUGGGACCAAGAUGAGUGAUCAGUGGCCUCACAUCUCUCUGUAUCUUGUCGGGAUUAGGCGUUGCUUGGUACGGCAUGGGCCAUUUUUCUUGGCCUGUCACCUGUUUGUGUCAUCCUUCGUGCAUGAUACUCUGACGUUUUCAGCUUUCAGACAGCCUCAUUGCAGCAUAUAACCCUCUGAUUGGAGAGAAAAUAUGCAGAGUACUGAUUGUGCUUCCGCUCACCACUCACUUGUCGAGCACGCGACACAUUGCCUUUCUAGAUAUAAUUGACGAAUUUCUCCUCAGACGGAGCUCAACUUGAUCACUUCCCUCAAUAUUGUUUUGGGGCACCAAUCUUUCUCGCUAAGUAGCCGACACAUUCGAACAGGACCAUUAUCAUGAGUAAACAAGAACUCCUCAACAGCCUCUAUGGCAUCGACAACCUCGUCACAGUGAACAUCACCAUGCCAGCUCAGGACUGGCAAAACCUCAUGCACGCAGAGCCUCGCGGAGGAAGAUGCAAUUUUGGGUACAUCGGCGACCGCUUUGACUGGUUUAAAGCAACCUCAGUCACAAUCUCCGGAUCCAAGUUUCCUCAAUCGGGGACUUUCGCGGAUGUCGGUAUAAUCAAGAAAUCAUAUUGUGGAUCAUUUAGCACGACUAAACCGUCACUUCGUCUGGACUUUGCUCGCAACGUUGACGCGAAUGAGGCGCCUGCCGAGAAUCUGUUUGGAACGAAGACGUUGACGCUGAACAACUCCAUUCAAGAUUCUUCAUAUAUCAGACAGACACUAGGUUAUGAGUUAUUUCGUCAAGCUGGGCUCCCCUAUGCGCGAUGCAAUUACGCAAAAGUGGUCGUGAACGGCAACAACAUGGGGACAUACGUCAAUCUUGAGCCGUAUAAGAAGCAAUUCCUGAAGAAUCUGUUCAUGGGAAACGAUAAGGGCAAUCUCUACGAGUUGGAAGUCGGCGAAGAUCUUGAUCCAGCGAUCGUCUCAGCAGGGAAGAUCAGUUUCGAGUCGGGCAUUGCUCCAGAUCAGAAGGAUCUCAUGAUCGCAGCUUCUCAAAUGGCUACGAACGGUCUUGUUGGCGCGAAGCGUAUCGUCGAUUAUCCCUCGUUCGUCAAACUCUUCGCUAUGGAGACUCUGCUGAAGCACUGGGAUGGGUUGACCAUCAACACCAACAACACGUAUAUGUACAAUGAUGUCGUGGCUGUUGCGAAUCCCACCAUGAACAAUGUCAAGUUCAAGUUCAUUCCUUGUGGACUUGACCAGAUCAUGCAGGAAGGACGGAAUUUCGAGAUUGGUGGGAAGGCGAUCAUGGCGAGACUCAUCCGAAAUGAUGCAGCGGGCAAGGCGGAUCUCUUCGCGGCUAUUCGUGACUAUGCAAAUACGAUAUUCAGCAAGAAAAACUACGAGACUGUUCUGAAUCCGUACAUAAGUCGGAUGGAGACUAUACUCUCAAGCUCUGGGACCACGCCAUCGGGAGAGAUCAGCACAGUUAGAAAGCAACUCCAGCUUAUCAGAUCAGGGGCAUAUCAACUGAUUGGAGAAUUUCCUCCAGAACCGUAGGUAUUGGUAUCUCAUGUUCCAGGUACUCAAAUAGACUUACGUUUUAUCCUUGAAUCUUUUGUCUCUCAUAAAUUUCAACCACUUUGGCUGUUUACUUGCACUGGGCUAAUAUGCGUCCUAGGCAACUCUUCCUCAACCGCACCAUAGGCAACUGCCUCCACGCCAGCAACACAGAAUUCAUCCCUCCCAACAGCCCACCCGCCACCAGCCCGCAAGAAGUCUACCACUACCAACCCACCUCCGUCCCCUCCGACAACUGGUCCAUCCUCCCCUCCAAACCACCCACCAUCAAACUCAAAAACCAAGCCUACAACACCUGGCUGCACGCCGACAAUACCGUCAAAACCCCCAGCGGAAAACUCAACGUCUACGCCUCGCGUACUGAUCCCGAUGAUGCGAAUAACUUCCUCGUUGAGCCGUCUGGGGGCUUUGCUACGGAUCCGUGGAUCAAGACGGGGUAUUUUAGGGCUAAGAGCGCGGUGACGGGGAAUUUUGUGAUGUUUAGUGAGACGGAUUUGACGCCGAAUGGGAAGAAGGAGGUUUGUCAGACGGGGGAUUCGGCGCAGGCUGCGGUGAUGUAUCUGGGUUGAGUGAGGAUGGUGAUUGUGAAUGUAGGGAAUGUGAAGGUCAUUUCGGAACCUAAGUUUGGCUUGAGAGCGUUUUUUUUGUGUUCAAUGGGAGUGUCUGGGUAGGAUGAUAACGACGUAAUGACAGAUUACGAAAUCAUGACUGACAAUUCAAGGCGUGG